AUGGAGUUGCAAGCGACGCGUGAUAUUCCAGCGUGUUUAGUUAAAAAGAUAGAAACUUUGUGGAACGAGAAAGAAUUACUUGACUUCAACGUCAAUAUUGAUGGAAUUAACAUUCCGUGUCAUCGUCUAAUGCUAGCUGCUUGCUCUGAAUUUUUCCGAUGUUUGUUUAGAUCAAGUAUGAAAGAAACCCACGACAAUGUUGUGACUGUACAAGGUAUGUCAGUUGAGACGUUUAACCUGAUACUGAAGUACGUGUACACAGGUGAAAAUAUUUUAACUGUUGAGAAUGUAAUUAACGUGUGGAGGGCAGUAGAUCAGUUACAAAUUGACUUUAUGAUUGAUAUAUGUGAGAAAUUUGCCAUCAAUGCAUUGGAUUUAAAUAAUUUGGAGGACAUCUACAAAACAUCAAAGCUAUUGAACGCUAUAACUGUGUUAGAUGCUUUAAAAGCAUUUAUGUUAAAACAUUUCAAUGACUUUUGCAAGACGAAAACAUUUAUGGAACUAUCAUUUGAAGAGAUCCACGAGUUGAUAAUUGAUCAAGAUCUAAACGCUAAUGAUGAAGAUAUUGUACUAGAGUCGGUGUUCAAGUGGGUAGAAUAUGAAGAGGGAAAUAAUUGCAUAUGUGAAACUAAGGAAAUGGUAAAUGAUUCACAAGAUGAUUGUGAAAAUAUGGAUUUGAAUCAGCAAACACGCAAAUGUUUACCAUACACUGAUACCACCGUUGAAAUAAAGGUUGAGUCUACAAGUUCGGAAGAAACAAAUCUAAUCAGGAAAGACAAACUUGUAACUUUAUUGCAGAAUGUUAGGAUGUGCCUGGUUAGACCUGCAUUGUUGUCAAAGUUUUUUGGCCAUAAACUACUUCAAGGAAAUGAUGAAGCAAAAGCUCUGAUUUUUAAAGCAACACUGCAUCGUAUCCACAAAUUUAAUCAUGGCCAAUGGAUAUCUGCUGCUAUUCAUAGAAACAGCAGUAACUAUGGACAUUAUGGUGUAUAUACACAUUAUGAUGAUCAUAUAAAAUUGUUGUGUAUUGAAUCAGAGAAGUGUCAUACUUUGAGCUCAACCUGUCCAUUAAAGUUUAAAACCCAGCCUUGUAUUUUUGAUAAUAAGCUCUAUUGUUUCGGCUACACAUCCAGAGGAUACAGCUGUCGUUUAGUAGUUUAUCAAGAUGAUGCUAUUAAUCAAAUGAUUUUACGUUUAAACCCUGUGAUUUUAAGUGAUACAAAGUCUGAUGCAAAUUCUGAUGAGGAUUAUGUAAUGGUGUAA